CCAGCGCGGCGCAGCCCUGAAUUUUUUCCGCCGCGUCCAGGACUUUUAGAAGUGGAGGUGGGAGGGAGCAAUGAUGCAAAAAUCACCAAAAAUUUGGGGCGGGGAAAGGAAGCUACAGUUUGGAAGGAGAGCUGGUUGCACAAGUUGCAGCAGAAAGUUUGGGAGGCUGGGCGGGUUCCCUAGACCCGGGAAAGGAGCCAGUGCCAAGGCAGCAGGACUUUUUCAAACUUCUGUGAUUCGUCAAAGUGCUGGACAAAAAUAUGGAACUAAUUUCCUCAACAGUGAUUGCAAUCCUAGGUUGCGUUGCUCUGUUCUUAUUCCUCCAGUGGAAGAAUUUUCGUAGACCUCCGUGCAUCAAAGGCUGGAUUCCUUGGGUUGGAGCUGGAUUUGAGUUUGGAAAAGCCCCUCUAGAAUUCAUAGAGAAAGCAAGAAUCAAGUAUGGACCAAUAUUUACAGUCUUUGCUAUGGGAAACAGAAUGACCUUUGUUACUGAAGAAGAGGGAAUUAAUGUAUUUCUAAAAUCCAAAAAUAUAAAUUUUGAACUAGCAGUGGAAAAUACUGUCUAUCGUACAGCAUCAAUCCCAAAGAACAUCUUUUUAACACUGCAUGAAAAACUCAAUGUUAUACUGAAAAGGAAAAUGGGGACUGUCAAUCUCUAUCAAUUCCCUGGACAAAUGACUGAAGAAUUACACGAACAACUGGAGAAUUUAGGCACUCAUGGGACAAUGGACCUGAACAACUUAGUAAGGCAUCUCCUUUAUCCAGUCACAGUGAAUGUACUAUUUAAUAAAGGUUUGUUUCCUACAAAUGAGAGGAAAAUCAAAGAGUUCUAUCAGCAUUUUCAAGCUUAUGAUGAAGGUUUUGAGUAUGGGUCCCAGAUGCCAGAAUACCUCCUAAGAAACUGGUCAAAAUCUAAAAAGUGGUUCCUAGCCCUGUUUGAAAAAAACAUUCCAGAUAUAAAAACAUACAAAUCUGCAAAAGGUAAUUCCAUGACAUUAUUUCAGGCUGUGAUGGAUAUUGUAGAGAAGAUAACAAAUGAACAAAACUGUCCCAAUUAUGGGCUGUUAAUGCUUUGGGCUUCUCUGUCUAAUGCUGUUCCUGUUGCAUUUUGGACACUUGCAUUUAUCCUUUCUCAUUCCAAUAUCCACAAGGCCAUUAUGGAAGACAUAUCUUCUGUGUUUGGCACGGCAGGCAAAGAUAAGAUUAAAAUAUCUGAAGAUGAAUUGGAGAAACUCCUUCUAAUCAAAUGGUGUGUUUUGGAAACCAUUCGUUUAAGAGCCCCUGGUGUCAUUACAAGGAAAGUGAUGAAGCCAGUUAAAAUUUUGGAUUAUAUCAUUCCUUCUGGCGACUUGUUGAUGUUGUCUCCAUUUUGGCUACAUAGAAACCCAAAGUAUUUUCCUGAACCUGAACUGUUCAAACCCGAACGUUGGAAAAAGGCAAAUUUAAAGAAGCACGCUUUCUUGGACUGCUUCAUGGCAUUUGGAAAUGGGAAGUCCCAGUGUCCUGGAAGGUGGUUUGCUCUGUUAGAGGUUCAAAUAUGUAUUAUCUUAAUGCUUUAUAAAUAUGACUGUAGUCUUCUGGACCCAUUACCAAAACAGAGUUCUCUCCAUUUGGUGGGUGUCCCCCAGCCAGAAGGGCAAUGCCGAAUUGAAUAUAAACAGAGAAUAUGACGUCUGCUGGGCCUCAACAGGGCCAGGGCCUUCUGGAGGAGUGACGUCACCCCCACCCGCUAAGCUGGCAGCGCCUAGGCCUGUGCCCUGCUAAAACAUGCUGCUUCACUUUCCUUUAGGACUUAAAGAAAAUGUUCAAAUGCUGCAGUAUUUGGUGUCUUCAACAGUAUACCAGAAUCUGAUAUCACUCUCAGUGACAGAGAGACCUGAAUAUGUGCUUUAUAGAAAAUGUUUAAUUGAUUUAAAAAAAGCAUUUUUGAAGAAAUUGGGUUUUAUGCAUAAAUAUAUUAAAACUUUAAAUAGAAAUAAUGUCAUUUGGGUGAAAAUCUUAGUACACUAAAUUCACUGCGAAGGCAACAUACUUAAAUUUCUAUUUUGAAAAGACAAAGUCUUCGAUUCUAAAAAAAAUUAUUAAAUAAUGAAAUGAUUUCUAGAGAUUUUCUAUUUUUCUCAUUAUGAUUCUCAACUACCAUUUGGAAUUCUUAAGCUAAAAUAAUUCUUUAUUGUAAACAUGUCUGAUGCUAAAAAUAUGAAUGCUAAAAGUGUAAAUAAAAUGAUAGUUUCUGAGACCUGUGAGGAUAAAGAUCAUGUCUUACACUCAUUUCUGCAUCCCAUUAUGCCCAGGGUAGCACCUUCUAUACAACGCAUAUUCAAUAAAUGCAUGUUGAUUGAUAUAUUGAUUUGUAUUUUAAUUAAGGUGCAAGCAGUCAUUUGACUCAAGGUGUUUGCAGUUAUAAUUGGCAGAGAUAAUAUUUGUGCUAAUGUAUAGAAAUACAAUAUAAUGAUGUCCCCAGGAAAAUAAACGCAGUGGAAUCCAUUA